AUGUCAGAAGAAACAAAAGUGAAGCUAAAUCAUAGAAGAACAUCAGUAGCUGGGCUUGGAAUGGCCAGUUUGGGUCUCAUAAUAACGGGCCUUGGAGUUGUUGAAAUCGCGAUUUCAUCCCUUUUACGAUAUCUGACAGUAAAGAACGGAAUCGCGAGCGUUGUGGCUGGUGGAUCCUUAAUCUUUGUCGGCGGUCUUGGCAUGAUUGCUUCCAGGUCGCGAUUACAUCUUUACGUUCUCAUGUCAUGUUUCGCAAUUGGCGACAUCAUCGUCUUGGCUUUGUUAUUGACAGACAUUGUCGCCGAAUUCCAGGAACUUUCCUCGGCAUAUUCGAGCAGAAAUACGUACUGGUCAAACAUGGCGACCCAGCUAAAUAUGACGCUGCCGGAGAUAAGCUCCAGCAAACUGAGUCCUUCUGAAGCACUUGAUUCAACAACGCUAUCUUCGUUAUCGGACAAAUGCUACAAAGUGGCAAAUGAUAUCAACAAAGAAUACCUUGAAGCCAGGGCUAAAAAUGAAACGUUCGAAACUCCAAAUCUCGAAAACUGCGAUGGCUGGCGAUUCUUCGAAACCGCUGGGAUCCUCUCUGUCACUCAGAUAACCCUCGCUGUUUUGGGAAUCGUGCUGACUCUCUGA